UGAAGAUGGAGACUUUGACUUGAGCGGCGACACUGAAACGCAGCAUGACUCAGAUAUGACAUCUAACGACUUAACAUCAUCGCCUCAUCACAAUACGAAACGAAAGCGCUCUCGAAAGCGAUCAACAUCGAAGAACGAAAGAAGCAGUAAGCCCACCUUAAGAGACAAUGAGACGAAACGUCGCCGUGUGUAUCGCCAACGACUAAAGCGUGAGCGCGAUUCGCUGCAGCAUCAAGUGACUGUGAUGACCAAUCAAGUGGCCAGGCUGACGCAACGUCUUAUCAAGACGACGAGCGAGACAAAUAUGGUGAGCUCUGCCUCAACUUGGAAGGCUCUGGCCAGAUACCAACUAGACAAGCGGCAGCAAGCAAGUGAGGUACAGAGUCGGCUGGUAACUGCCGUUAGCGCUCAAGCCUCACUCAUCCAAGAGCUUAAGGUGAUCGUGCUGAAUCAUCUCGAUAUAUCUCCUGUCGUUGACGAGAGAGUCCUUAACGCCCCUGUGGUAAAUGGGCGCAAGGAUGAAAUACUUUUUGGAACGCAAUUAUCGGAGCUAGACGCGAAUUACGCACGUACAGCGGCCGUUCUUCGUGCUGGUGGGGUCGAUACAAUGUCUGUCGGGCUUACAAAGUCCACAUUCAAAAAUUCAAGCGACGGCAGAGUCAGCUACUUCCAAUACCGAGGCAAGAUCCACUCGUCACUAAGCUUAAAGCAAGCCUGCAAGAACUUCUGGACUUUAGCUCACAUUAGGCAUCGACGACAAGAUCGAAAGGUCUACGAUCGAGCGCACGAGCUCGACAAUACGUUUGCCGUGAAAUUUCGGACCGCCGUACAGCUACUAAGCGGGUCUGUGUCUCUCCUUCAGCGUUUGACGGUUCGACGAUUCGUGGCUGAUGAUCACAUGGUACUCGUCUGGAAAGUGUUUGUCGAGGGCGAAGGUGCGUACUCUGGGAUGCAUGCAAAUGACUCGGGAUGGUGCCGACUCCGACCAAAAUCAAAUGUCCCAGAAGGCGGCACUAUCAUGGAGCUCUGUGUACAUCAGGCGCCAAUGCAUUUUGGGCUAAACCCUAUCGGCGAUGAAGAGGCCAACUUUCAUGAGGCAGUCGUCAAGGUCAGCAAGGAAAACGAAGAAAAGCUACUCACUGGGAUGGAGCUUCAAAGCCUGGUAGUUGGUAACCCCAAGUUUGAUUUACGCGAAACUAAAGCCUGCCCAAGAAAAUAUUCCGGACAAAACGGUGGCACGUGUGCACAACGUAGUGAAGCCACUAAAGAGCAACACAUGUGCUACCGAGCUACAGACUGCACAGAUUCAAAGUUGGGUUGA